AGACAGUUUAGAGGCAGUGUUAAAGAGACACUCCGCUGUUUUCUCUGACAAAUUAGGCACCAUGAGAGGAGUGAAAGCCAGGCUCACUCUCAAACCAGACAGCACACCCAAAUUCUGCCCACCACGCAAUGUGCCCUAUGCUCUCCGACCGCGAGUAGAAGCCGAGCUGAAACGCCUCACUGAGCUAGGCGUCAUCUCACCAGUGUCGCACAGUGACUGGGCAACACCAGUGGUGCCCGUAAACAAAAAGGAUGGCACCGUGAGACUUUGUGGGGAUUUCAAAGUCACCCUUAACUCAGCUCUGUGCGUUGACAAGUACCCAAUACCACGCAUCGAGGACUUGUUCGCUUCUCUCGCUGGAGGUCAACACUUCAGUAAGCUAGAUCUAUCUAACGCCUACCUACAGAUGGAAGUAGAAGAGAGCUCCAAGAAGCUACUUACCAUCUCAACGCAGAAGGGACUCUUCUGCUUCAACCGUCUGCCGUUUGGUGUAGCGUCAUCGCCCGCCUUGUUCCAGAAGGCAAUGGACCAGGUGCUCCUCGGCCUUCCACACACUCACUGCUACCUGGAUGACAUCCUUGUCAGUGGUCCUGAUAAGCAGACACACCUGAACACCCUGGAUGCUGUCCUGCGCAGGCUAGAGGAGUACGGCCUGCACCUGAAGAAGGAGAAAUGUCUCUUCUUCCAGGAGUCCGUGGAAUACCUGGGCCACAUCAUCGACGCUGCUGGGCUUCACAAGUCACCGGAGAAGGUACGUGCCAUCAUAGAAGCACCAGCACCAGCCGACAUAAGUCAGCUCAGAUCUUUCUUAGGAAUGCUGAACUACUAUGGACGCUUUAUCCCUGACCUGAGCACAGUUUUACAACCGCUGAAUGAGCUACUUAACAAAGAGAAAAAGUGGCAGUGGACAUCAGCCUGUGCGUCAGCGUUUCAGCAAGCAAAGACACUUUUAACAUCGCAAGAGGUGCUCACUCAUUACAACCCUGAGCUGCCUCUCCGUCUUGCUUGUGAUGCUUCACCCUAUGGGGUCGGAGCUGUGCUCUCCCACGUCAUGCCGGAUGGCAAAGAAAGACCAAUUGCUUAUGCAUCGAGGACCCUGAGUAAAGCUGAGCGUAACUAUGCUCAGAUUGAAAGGGAAGCUUUAGGCAUAGUGUUUGGCGUACGGAAAUUCCACCAGUACCUGUAUGGCAACACAUUCACUCUGCUUACUGACCAUCGCCCACUAACCACCAUCCUCAGUCCAGUGAAAAGUACACCAUCAAUGGCCGCAGCUCGCAUGCAACGUUGGGCCCUCCUGCUUUCUGCUCACAACUACACCAUCGAGUACAGGAAAGGUGCCCUACAUGCCAACGCUGAUGGACUGUCAAGGCUACCACUCCCUCAUGCUCACAGUGAGAAGCCAGGAGCAGUAGACGUGUUCUACACAUCACAGCUAGAGACAUUACCCGUCAGCAGCACUGUGAUCAAGCGCCACACCAUGUCUGAUUCCACCCUGUCUCGUGUCUUGGAAAUGGUCACCACUGGGCAUUUUCCAGCAGCCAAGAACACAGGUGAUGAGCUGUCACCCUAUCACCACCGACAGCAUGAUCUAAUUGUGCAGCACGGAUGCCUCAUGUGGGGUUUGAGAGUGAUUGUGCCACCCAAGCUGCGCCCCCGUGUGCUGGAAGAGCUACACGCAGCACACCCAGGUGUAGUAAGGAUGAAGAGCUUAGCUCGCAGCUACGUCUGGUGGCCUGGCAUUGACUCCGACAUCGAGCACAAAGCUAAGUCAUGCCACACUUGUCAACGAGUGCAGAAAGACCCUGCUCAAGCACCCUUACACCCGUGGAUGUGGCCAACCAGGCCCUGGGAACGCAUACAUGUGGACUUUGCUGGCCCAUUUGAAGGACACAUGUACCUUGUCAUCGUAGAUGCACACUCCAAAUGGCCAGAGGUACACAUCAUGGACAGCACUACAUCCUCCAAAACCAUCACAGUGCUUAGGGGACUCUUUAGUCGCUAUGGCAUUCCUCACAACCUUGUCAGCGACAAUGGCCCCCAGUUCUGCUCUGAAGAUUUCAGCACGUUCCUGAAAGCCAAUGGAGUCAAGCACAUUCGAUCAGCACCGUACCAUCCUGCUUCCAAUGGCCUGGCAGAGCGCUUCGUGCAAACAUUCAAGCACGCCCUGAAAUCUUCCAGAGGAACUGCUCCAGUGCAACAGCGUCUUGACACGUUCCUCCUGACCUACCGCAACACGCCGCAUGCAACAACAAAGGACUCCCCAGCCAUGCUGUUCAUCGGACGCAAGCUGCGUUCUCGACUGGAUUUCCUGAAGCCAAGUGUUGCUGGAGCUGUGCACCAGUCACAAGAUGCACAGCUACAGCGACGUCUGCUGCACUCAAAAGAGAGACAGUUUGACGUUGGCGAGCCAGUGCUCGUGCGUGAUUAUAGGAGGGGGGAGGAUAAGUGGACACCAGCUGUCGUGAUUCACAAGACCGGACCAGUCUCCUACAAGGUGAAUGUAGGAACACAAGGCGUCUGGAAACGCCAUGUUGACCAGAUGCUGGCUCGGCCCGAGUCAGACACACUAGGGACUGCAGGAAACCUUCCUGUGAGUCCUCCCUUGUCACUACCUCUGACCACCACUGCAGGUAACACACUUAACACAAGUACACCUCAAGAGAUGGAGGAUACUGAUAUCAUUCCACCCACACUAUUCCAAUCACCCACACCACACAGAUCACCCAAAACACUCAUUGCACCACAGUCCACCGAAACAAUGCACACACCUUGUACAGAGACAGAGACUGUUCGACGUUAUCCUGUGAGGAUCACACGCCCGCCAGCACGUUACGGUGUGCAGUAA